AUGCGGAGGACUACCCGCCAGACAACUGCGGCCACCCACUCCGGCUCUAGCCAAAUUGCGGGACCCUCCACCGGCCAGGACGACACCAUGGUGACAGGAAGGACGUCCUCGACCAACACGACCACGACGCCAACUCCUAUCCCACCCGAGAGACGAGAGACGAGAGACGAGGGACGAGCAACGAACAGACACACCGAGAUAAGCCAAAUCGCAGGCCCGUCCACCCGUGCCGAUGUCCCUAUCGACUCCCCGUCUAGGCUGCCAGUUCCUGUACGAACGACCGCCGCGUCCCCGACGGUCAGAGCUGCAGCCCGUAAGCAGCCAACCCUCUCCAACGGCGUACUAUGUUUUUUCUACCCGGCGCCUGGGACGCUGAAAUGCCCGUUUAACGACUGCUCCGCUGAGUUUCGUGCUGAAGUCUGGACAGCUGCGAAGCAAUCGGUCGCUCGCCAUGUCCGCAGCCUCCACACACUAGACCCAGAGGCCAUCCACGUUGACUGCACCGGAUGCGGCGUGAGACUGGGCCUGAGACCUGGUUCCCACAAAUGCACAGUCCAGAUUGCCGAUGAUGUGGCGAGAGCAGGAAGAUUCGCCUGCACAAUCGACGGCUGCGAGAAAUCCUAUCCCUCGAAGCAGGGCCUGGCCAACCACACGGCCAACCACCGGCGUCAAGAUGCUAUCGCUGCAGCAUCGGUCCCGAUGCCUCGCCCCGCUACUAGGCAGAACCGGCGCGCGAACCCCGAGCCUGCACAUCAUCGAGGCGGAGAUGCGCGCAUCCCGGUAGCGCAGGCACCGGCCGUUCCAAACCCCGUGGCAUCGCCGAGGACCGGGGCGCCGUCCAACCGUAUCCCGACAACAGACGAUGCAAUAUCACCAUCCGCUAACCCUGUCGCAGGUGGGUCUUCAGCCGCAAGCAACCCGUCAACUGCUGCCAUAUGCACUCCACCAUCGACGCGCAGGACCAUCCUGACCCCUAGACGGUCACCACGCCCCCGGCUACGCCCUGCCACGACCACCUCCUCACACCCAAUAGAGGUCGUCGGCAGCCCAGAAUUAGAACCGAAUGUGAGCCCGAGGAGAAUAGCUGCGCCCUCACACUCUUCAUCUCCGUCAUCCACCGACACCAGUCCUAUCCAUGACUCCGAACCUGAUAUGGAGGAUGAGGACGCCGUGGACGCGAGCCCCAUGAGGAGUGACGACGACCUGCCCACUCAUGGUGAAGCACUAAUUCUAUCACCCGACGAUACCACACCGAUACACGUAUUCCUCCCUCAACUCCGUGCCCUCGCCAGAGCCCCAACCACGGGGGCAACUUGGGACGAGUUUUGCGAGGUCAUGGAGGGGGUGACCGCCUUGGCUGCCGCUACAGCCAAACUUCCAGUCAGGACAGAGGGUAGUACCAACAAGAGAGCGGCUGUAGACCCUGCCGACACCCAGGGCAUCCAGACACUUUACCGCAGAAACCGGCGCAGCGCAAUACGAGCGAUCCUCUCUGGCGCGAACGUACCGUGUGGUGCAGGGAUCCGAGAUGCCACAGACCACUUUACCGGAGUCUGGUCCCCCUCCACCUGUGACGCCACGAUCUUCCCCCGUACGGAUGGACGCACUCCUGUCCCGACAGGGCCCUUCUCCGCGUGCGUUGUUGCAAAACGACUGAAAAAGUUUGAAAACACGGCCCCUGGCGACGACGGCCUCACGUAUCAUCAUUGGAGACGCCUCGAUCCGUCAUGCAGUCUACUAACUGAAGUCAUCAACACCUGUUUAAAACACCGCCGUGUCCCCCCGGCAUGGAAAAAGGCGGUGACGGUUUUAAUUUUCAAAAAAGGCGACCAGAGCGACCUGAACAACUGGAGGCCAAUAUCCCUGUGCCGGACCAUCUACAAGCUCUAUGCUGGAUGCAUCGCCGGUCGACUUACUGAUUGGAUUGUGAGCAACAGCGCACUGAGCCCCUGCCAGAAGGGUUUUCUCCCCGCGGACGGUGCAUUCGAGCACGUCCACACAUUAAAUCGCGAGCUGGAGAAGGCCAGGACUGGCCACUCUGACAAAUGUGUGGCGUGGCUCGACGUGUCCAACGCGUUCGGGGCGAUCCCCCACUUGGCGCUGGAGACCGCCAUUGAAAACUGUGGGGCUGGCGAGGGGCUGCUCCAGAUUGUACGAGACCUCUAUAACGGCGCCACAUCCUCUAUCAUUGUCGCCGAGGGGAAGACCCCCGACAUCCCCGUUCAGUCCGGAAUCCGUCAGGGAUGCCCACUCAGUGGAAUUCUGUUUAUUAUGGCGAUUGACCCAAUCGUGUCCGCUUUACAGGGGCAGGAUGCCGACCACCGGGUCUUGGCCUUCGCCGAUGACCUCUGUCUGCUUGCCGACAGUGCCCCUGCCCUUCAGAUAAAGGUCGAGGAAGCGCGAGCCGGGCUAGAACGCCUUGGUCUCAAGAUCAAUGCCAGCAAGUGCGCCUCCCUUCACCUUUCCGGACGACCACCCGUUGGCGUGCGGGACAGCGUUUUUACAAUCCUUGGGGCUCCGAUGAAGCCGCUAGCUGAAGGCGACGCGGCCGCGUUCCUUGGCGCCCAGGUGGGUUUCCAUGUGAUCCCCCACAAGUCCACGCUCGCAGACAUUACCGAGCUGGGUCUCAAAAUUGCAAGGAGCAAGCUAGCUCCAUGGCAAAGGAUUGAUGCUCUAAAAACCUUUUUUUUCCCCUCUGCGGUCCACCUUCAACGUAUGGGAACGUUUGCAAAAACAGAGUGGAAAACAAUCGACGACAUAUUGCGCCCCGAAAUCAAGGCUACCCUCAACCUCCCGCAAGAGGCAUCGAACGAAUACAUUUACGGUUCCACUCUGCGAGGCUGCUGCGGGAUCACGAAGCUGGCUGAGGACUCUGACAUUGCAGCCAUAGACAGUGCCUUUAAGCUGCUCACCUCUCCUGACGGACGAGUCACGAGGGAAGCGGUUGAUCACGUGAGGAGCACCACCUGCCGGAGGAUUGGCCGAACUCCCUCCAACAGUGAGGUUGGUAGCUACUUAUCAGGUGAUAAUGAGGGCCCCUUCCGAGAGACCCGGGGCAGCGGAGUUGCCAGCGUUUGGUCCCAAGCCCGCAACGCCUCCGGGAGACUGACUGCAUCUUGGUCCCUGGAUGGCCCCCCCUCCAUCUCCCAUGCGGGAACUACCUUGCGCGCGAAGCAGAGGAGGGAGGUCAUGAAGACUAUGCGCGACCACUAUCGCAUUACAAGGGGCCAGGCGCUCAUCGAUAAACCGGACCAAGGCAGGGCCAUGGAAUGUGCAGCUGCGCACGCUGCGUCCAGCCACUUUCUCCGGGCGGGCGACUUCUGUCGAUUUGCCGACUGGAGGUUCGUGCAUAGGGCAAGGCUGAACCUGGUGCCGCUGAACGGGUCCUCGUCCUGGAGGACUGGUGACCGCCGAUGUCGACGGUGUGGGAAUAAUAUAGAAAGCCUCGCCCACGUUGUCAACCAUUGUAUGCGGUACACCAGCCUCUAUAUGGCCAGGCAUAACUCUCUGGUGGCCAGGUUGAAGAAAGCAGCGGCCGGGAAGUUUGAGGUCGUGUCUGAGAACCAGGCGAUCGGCGUACAACGCCUCAGGCCCGACCUCGUUCUCAGAAAGGGCACCACUACACUAAUCAUUGAUGCCACAGUACCCUUCGACAACAGAAUCAAGGCGUUCGAGGAAGCUGCCGCUGAGAAGAGGGCCAAAUAUGAAGAUCUAAGGAAGGAGAUCGCAAAUGACCACCCUGGGGAAGUCACGGUGUUUCCGUUCAUUGUUGGCUCCUUGGGCUCAUGGGAUCCGACCAACGAUGUGCUAGUGAGACAGCUUUGCAGCAGAUCUUACGUGAAGCUCUUGCGGAAGCUAUGUGUCAGUGAAGUCAUCGGAUACUCUAGAGAUGUCUUCACCGAACACAUAAGUGGGGUCCGAGCAAGGCACGGCUGA